CUCUGAUGUGAUCUCGGGGGUUUCUGUCGGUGGUUGUCAACGGUUCCGGUGCCGAUCGGCGAUUGUUGCGUCCGUUUGACCAUUGUGCACCUCCCAAGGCUGCUAUCAAUGGCUGUCGUUACCGAUGCUCCGCGAGGCGAUUGUGUCUGAUCCUGCAUCGUGCGCUUGCGGCCAUUUGACCUGCUGGCGAUAUCUCCGAGACAUCCGUUGUUGGUUCUCGGCGGGCCAUGGGCAUCAGAACCAUCAUCGUCAUCGUCAUCGUCAUCGUCAUCAGAAUCAUCUGAUAUCUGGCUGGACCAGCCGCCAUUGAGCCUGGCGCUCCUCUGUUCCCAUCUGCCCUCCCAGGAUCCGCCAAACGUCCACCAUCUGCGAGAUUUUGAAUUGCACUCCAGACACCGAUCCAGUGCAGGCAAUGAACCCAUACUACAACACAGCCACGGCGCCGGCUUCGGCUUCGGCAUAUCCGUCGUUCGGAUAUUCGGCCCCGACAGAUUCGUCGUUCAAGCCGACUCAGUAUUCCAGCGAGCAGGAAGUCCGGCUCUUCAACAGCAACCCCGAGCGAGAAGCAUACGAGAGCAUGGCAGAUCUCUUCAGCAUCAUCGUUGCUACCGAGCAGCUCGAGAAGGCAUAUCUGCGGGACACCGUCAGCACGCAAGAGUAUACUCCGGCUUGCCUGAAGCUCAUUAGCCAGUUCAAGACAGCCAUCAACGAUCCCAGCAUUCCGAAUCUCGAAGGGUUUCUGCAACAAUACAAGCUGCGGCAAUCGUGUCCUCUGGGACUCAAGCGGCUCAUGGAAACGGGUGUGCCUGCCACCGUCGAGCAUGCCACCACCGAAGCCCCGUCGGCUGCGUCUGUCAAAUACAGCGUCGAUACCACUCAGGGAUUCAUCACGCUCAUGGACGCUCUGAAGCUCAACCUCGUGGCUGUCGAUCAGAUCCACCCGCUGCUGAGCGAUCUUGUCCAGAACCUCAACAAAGUCACACAUCUGCCUCCCGACUACACUGGCAAGAAGAGGAUUGUUCAUUGGCUUAUCACGCUGAACAAAAUGAAGGCAUCGGAUACCAUCAACGAAGAGCAGACUCGCCAGCUUCUCUUCGACUUGGAGAGUGCGUAUUCCGAGUUCCGAUCGGCGCUGUCCAAGUGAGCCGGCGGUGCCAUACCGAGAGCCCAAACGCCGCCUGUGAAUAUCAUCUGGAAUUCUGCCCAUUUGUUGGAAUUGGCUGGCUGGUUGGCGAUGGAUAAGACAACACCUUCCUCCCCAGUGUCUGUCGAGCAAGAAGCCGAACCGCUGCCCACAAUCGAGUGCCGGGCUGCUCCUCGCAUUUGGUCGAGAGCAGCGGGUUGUGCUCGUUGGCACCGAGGCAGAUGCCGAAUCGCAAGGCCGUUCGCAACUUGCUGCUACGGCCAUCACGAUGCUGGAGCAUGAAGCCAAACACUCCCCCCCAGCGACACCAGCCCUAAGCACAUGAAUACACGAGAUAAU